CAGUUUAUUGUGCUAGUUUUCGUAUCUUUGAAUAAGUGGAACACUUUAAUUGUAUUCUUCAACUAACCUACAAAAGUCUUAAUAUUAUCGAUAAUGGCAAGAGAAGCAAGAAAAAGACUAGCGCUCAUGUUUCUUCUGAAUAUUUUCUAUAAUGCUGAAACAGAAUGUGAAGAAAUUUUGAGGAAGAAUGCAGGCUUCAACAAAUGUUACGAGAAGUUUCCGAAUGUUUGGCCAUCUCAUAGUUUUUGGCCGAUUCCUUUUAUUCAUCCAAACCAAGUUUGCAAUGAACGAACGGGAUUAAAAGAAUGUCAAAUGGAGGUCGUGACUGAUUGUGUACCUUUUACGGGGUACACACAUGCAUCAUUUAAUUCCUUAUUAAACAAAGCCUGGUCCUCUAUAUUUUGUAACAAUAUGGUGUAAUAGUAGGU